UGUUAGCAGGCUCUUUGUUAUCAUGUCGUCACUCCAAAUUUUAAAUUUUAGUAUGGCACUGUAAUUUUUUAUUACAUAAUAUUUUACCAUGCUUUUUUGAAUGAAAUGUAUCAUGACAACUCUUUAGGAACGAAGAUAAACAUUUCGAAUACAAAAUUAUAAAGUAUAAAGUCUGAUACAGUAAUACUGUUUACAUUUAUGCACUUUAUUAUACUUCGUAAACAUAGUUAUAAAACAUUGUCAUAAAAUGUUUUUUAGAAAUUUGUUUAAAAGAAAGUCAAAUAUACCACCACAAAAAGUUGUAAAUAAUAUUUUUGGCAAUUAUGAAAUUGUUAAACCAUGGCCAGUUUCUGAGAUUAGGAAAGUACCAUCGUGUAUAUCUAAGCCAUCUUAUAGUCAAUCAUCUAUACCAAGGGAAGGUCCAAAGAAACCUGAAAUUAAAGAUAAAAAUCAAAUAAAGUGCAUGAGAGAUAGCUGCUUUUUUGCCAGAAAAGUGUUGAAUCAUAUUGGGCAACAUGUAAAGCCUGGCAUAACCACAGAUGAGUUAGAUGCAAUUGCCCAUGAAAUGAUUAUAAAUAAUGGUGCUUAUCCUAGCCCUCUUAAUUACAGAGGGUUCCCAAAAUCAAUAUGUACUAGCAUUAAUAAUGUUGCAUGUCAUGGUAUCCCAGACACUAGACCACUGCAAAAAGGAGACACACUCAAUAUUGAUGUAACAGUAUAUUUAAAUGGGUACCAUGGAGAUUGCUCUCAAAUGUUUGAGGUAGAUGAAUGCGAUGAAGAAGCCAAACGAUUAAUAAGUGUGACAGAAUUAUGUUUAAAACAUGCCAUUAAUAUUUGUAAACCAAAUGAAAAUUUUUGCAACAUAGGAAAUAUUGUUCAAGAGAUUGCAAAUAAAAAUGAAUAUUUUGUAAUCCCAGCAUUUGCAGGACAUGGUAUAGGUACUUACUUUCAUGGGCCACCAGAUAUUUUACAUUUCGCAAAUAAUUUUCCCGGAAAAAUGCUGCCCGGAAUGACGUUUACUAUCGAGCCAAUUUUAACUCCCGGUAACACGGAAAUCGAAAUUUUAGAAGAUGGAUGGACAUCUGUCACGGUUGAUAAUUCGCGCACUGCUCAAGUUGAACAUACUAUUUUAAUUACCGAUGUGGGUUGUGAUAUAUUGACUAGUUAACUUUGUAAAAUUAUCCCUUCCAUCUUUGUGUAAAUGUCCCAAAUAAAU